AUGGAGUAUGCCACCAGCAAAUAUGCGAAGAACUUUAAAGCUAUAGUGAUCAGUAAUAUGCAGAGCUCAUUCCCUGAAUAUGCAGCAUACAACAACAAGUUACGAAGUCGCAUCGACCCUGAUGUGAUUGCACUGAUGGAGAAAUAUGAAAGCAAAGGAGACUUCCUGAACCCAGAAUACGAUGCAUUAGUAAUGAAACACUACUACUCACACCAUGUUUGUAGAAUAGUGCCUUUUCCAGAUGGUGUUCAGCGAGCUAUGGACCAUCACAACCAGCAUAUAUACGAGCUCAUGCAGGGCCCAUCCGAGUUUGUACCUGGAGGUCUUUUGGCCGACUGGGAUAUUACAGAUAAGCUGUCUACGAUAAUUAUUCCAUCACUAAUGGUUGGUGCUAAGCAUGACACUAUGGACCCUGAAGCUAUGAAAAAACAGGCAUCGCUGGUACAAAAAGGUCGCUAUCUGCACUGUCCCAAUGGCAGUCACAUGUGCAUGUGGGAUGAUCAAGAUAUAUACUUUACGGGGAUUAUUAAGUUCAUCGAGGAUGUGGAAUCAGGAACGUUUUAG